UAUCACACGGUUGCCCGGUUAUCAGCGAGAACAGAAAUGCAAAUACAAAUAAUAGUAUCGCCAACGAACGUAACGUUGUCCUCGUAACGGGCAACUAAGAUGGUGCGAACACCGAUGCGCGCUGUACACUGAAUGUGUCUGACGUCCGCUGUUUAUCGCUCGUCGAACCCGUAACGAACGGUUUAAAGCUCGGGACGAUACGUGUCGCGCACAUCCGAUUUCCCAUCGGUUGGUAGGUUUUCGCGGAUUUUCCGUUUCUUCCGCGUUCGUCCAAAGUUCUCCGCACCUGCUGCUGCUGCUGUUGCUGUGACAGAGUUCCACUUCGACUCAAAAGACCGUGAGAACCGACACACAUUUAUGUUGGUUCGCCGACGUUAAUGACGAUUUCAUGCCUUUAAUAUGGCAAACCCUAACAAACAUAUUCGUAAAUUACAAGAAUUUACUGCUCAUAAUGCAAAUGUAACUUGUUUGGCACUUGGGCAAAAAAGUGGUUUAGUAUUGGCUACAGGUGGUGCUGAUAAUAAAGUAAACUUGUGGAAAGUUGAUAGUGAAACAUGUUUUAUGAGCUUAUGUGGUCACGUGACACCAAUUGAGUGUGUACAAUUUGAUGCAUCAGAAUAUCUAGUGGCCGCUGGAAGCCAAACAGGAGGUUUAAAAGUAUGGGAUUUGACUAAAGGAAAAAAAGUUAAGACAUUCAGUGGGCAUAAAUCAGCUGUUACAAAAUUGGACUUUUUUCCAUUUGCAUCAUCUUCAUACUUUGUUACUGGUUCUAGGGAUACUAAUGUUAAGUUGUGGGAUUAUCGAUAUUCACAUUGCAUAGGAAUGUACAAAGGUCAUGAUUCUUCAAUAUCUAGUUUGAAGUACAGUCCCGAUGGUCUAUGGAUUGCUUCUGGUGAUGAAAGUGGCAGUGUUAAGAUAUGGGAUUUGCGAGUUGGACGCAUGAUACAUGCUUUUGAUAAACUACAUAAAGGAACAGUAACUUCAAUACAGUUUCAUCCAUUAGUAUUUUUAUUAGCUAGUAGUGGUACAGACAAUAAAAUUGUUAUAUUAGACUUGGAAAGAUUUAGUAUUAUUUCACAAAUAGAUACAGAAAAUUCUACAAUUAGGUGUUUGCAAUUUAGUGAUAAAGGAGAUGUUCUAUAUGGUGGAGGUACUGAUUAUCUUGGUGUGUAUGGUGUAGAGCCAACAAGAGUAUGUGAUUCUGUAGUUGUGAAAUGGGGAAACGUAAACGAGUUAGUUGUAAAAGAUAAUAGAAUUGUUGGAGCUUCACAUUUAUCAACAGAUGUUUCAACAUGGUUAAUUAAUUUACCUGAAGAAUAUCCAUUUAAAAAUCAAUUUUCACCACCUGAUAAGUCGGUAAAGAAUAAUACUAAUACAAUGUUUACACGAGAUACUGGUGUUCGGAAAAGUUUUAAUAAACAAAAAACUCGAGAAAUGAUUAAACCAAAAACUAAUAUGAAAUUGAUUGAUGAAAGUGAAACUGACAUCGAAGAAGAUACCAAUACUGUAAUUAAUAAUGUUCAUGAUUACCAUUCAGUGUUUAAACCAAAUAGAACAUCAUUUAAACCAAGUAGAUUAUUGAAUAGGAGUCCACCUCCAUUUUCACCAUUAUCUGAAGAUGAUAACCCAAAUACUAUAUUUGUUUCUGAAGUUAACAAAAGUCAAUCAAAUAAAUAUAUAGCAGUAGAAGAUUCUGCUAAAUUGGAAGAUAGAAAACAUAGUUUUGAUAUGUCUCAAGGUUUGAUGCAUAGUAGUUAUUCGGAAGCAGAUACUUCAUCGAUGGAGUCCACACCAUGUGAUUCAUUCCAUAUACCCCAGUAUGAAAUGAAUGAUUACCAAAGCCCUUUACCAACAAGUCCUUUCCCAUCACCCCCUGAUGUUGAACAUUCUGAAAAAAGACACAAUCCUUAUUUAUCUUCAUCGGUUUCAAUGCGAAGUGUAUCUUCAAAUGUAGCUAAUGAACAUCUAUCUAAACGCCCAUCUUCAUUACCAGUAUUUAGACAAAGUGAUAAUUUUGCUUAUGGAACAAAGUACACAUCUCCUCAAUCUCAAAGAAAAGUAAUUCCUAAUGAAAUGUCUUCAAUACCUCAUCACAAACGACUGUUGGCUGAUGAUAGUUUAAUUACACCAGAGUAUAAAAAGACUGAUCCUAUGGGCACCAUUACACUACCUUUGGAUGAUUUUGAAGACAUGAAAAAUGUUUGUACAAAUAGUUUAAAUCAUACAAUGUCUGAUGAAGAAGAUAUUGUGGAAUUUCUUCUAAAAAAUCAUAAGUCCACUAUGGGAGUGCUCAAAGAAAGACAACGCAAUCUUAAUAUUAUUCAAACGCUGUGGACUAAUAAAAACUUUAAGUCUGCAGUCAAUUCUGCUGUUUCCAUGAAUGAUGAAGCCAUCAUAUCGGAUCUUAUUUCUAUUAUAACACAGAGCCCAAAACUUUGGUGUCUUGAUGUUUGUAGUAUGUUACUUCCUGCAAUAUCUGAUUUGAUUCAAAGUGGCAAUGAAGCGUUUAUAAAUGUUAGCUUCAAAGCUAUCAGAGAUAUAUUGCAGUACUUCAUGCCUGUUAUUAAAAAUAAUAUACAAAGGCCGCCAUCUGCAAUAGGUGUCGAUAUCAUGCAAGAAGAAAGGUACAACAAAUGUCGAAAGUGUCACAAUACGCUUAUGAACAUCCGGUCAUUUGUGUUAAAGCGACAAACGGUCCAAGGGAACUUAGGAAACAUGUUCAGGCAGUUGCAUAUGCUAUUGCAAACGAUCGACAUUUAACAAAAAAAAAAAACAUGUUGAUAUUAUUUCGUUUCUCUAUUGAAAGAGACGACGAAAAAUGUUUAAAUGUCAUAGCUAAAUUGAAGAUUUUUGUUAUUGUUUUUCGAUAAGUUAUUAUUAAUCAAUUAUUUUUACUAUUUUUUAUUUAUUUAUUAUUAUUUUUUUUUUGUCAAAGUCUUGUCUAACUGUUGUUAAUUCGUAAUUUUUUUUUUCUACAAAUUUUCUUUAACUUUAUGUCUUGCAGAUAUUAACUUAUAACCCUUUUUUUACGAUUCAAGUUCAUUUAACUGCGUAUCACUAACACGCUAUUGCAUAAUCCAGUCCUUAUUUUAGAAAUCCAAUCGUUAUUUCUAUAAUAUUGUAGAAAUGCAUUCCCAAUUGGCAUUUAGUAAUAAGAUUAUUUUUGGCCUUUGAUCACUUAUUUUCUUUUUGCAUCUCGUCGGUAAUAAUACUAUAUGAUUCCACGCAUACAGUGUGAGUGUGCCAGUGUGCAUGUAUGUAAAAUAUUCCGUUGAAUAUAAAUUUAAUUUUAUUUUUUUACUGUUAUUCGUUUUAUUCGUAUUUGUUAAAUUUGUUUUUUUUCGAUUAUGAAUUAUUUUACUGUUCAAGCGGAGCGGAACAAACACGAAUAUUAAAUUAAUAAAACGCGUCUUGCGAGCGAUAUAUAUAGCUGUUGCACAGAACAUAUACGCUUAAAGUUUCACAUAAAAACAUAAAAUAAAAAUAUUAAAUAUAUUUUUAUUUUAAUGAGUGCUGUUAAUUCGUUUGGCCAUAUUAUUUUACCUUCGUAUUAUUCAUAUGCAUUUUCACGGGUUUUUUUUUUCUUAUGUAUCUUGAGUUUCACGUUUUCAAUAUCACGGAAUAGCGGUUUUUAAAUGAAUUGAUCCUAGAGAGCACACGUACAUUGGUGAUAUUCAGUGUUUUCUAUCGGUCGAAUCCGUCCACCGUACAUCGAUAUAACACCAUUGUUUUGUACGGUUACCGAUGUUUUGCGUGUUCAUGUCGUACAAAAAUAAUAAAGGAAAUCACAAUUUUUUACAAUGCUUAAGAAAAAUAAGAAUUCCUGUUUCGUUCGUUUUUCGGUUUACUAAAUACAAUUGUGAACAUUUAUAUUUGUUUCACAAUAAUUACAGUGUGGACUACUAAAGAAAUGUAUUGUACAAAUACAAAACUGAUGAGCUUAUUAAUAUUAUGUUAAACUUUUGAUUUUUCGCCGUACGACUCGUAGUAGAUACGAUACUGUACAAAAAAAAUAUAUUUGUGAUUGCAAUACACUAACCAUAUUUUUUA